UCUGGAGAAAGGCGCCACCUCGUAAAAUACUAACUGAGCAGCUGUUCCUUCCGACAUUAAAUUUAUUUAAGCCAAGGUAAUAGAGCAAAUAACAGCCAAUGAAAAACGUCACCGCUUUUACAGGCGCGCUUAAUUUCCCAUCACAGAAAUACCCGCCACUGGCGCAUAAUAGCUUUGCAAGAGUAUAAAUAAAACAGAGAGAUUAUUAUUAACUUGGUAUAAAAAAGCACACAUGCUCGCAAGAGCUCGCCAUGCAUAGUUUUGCGAUUUGAAGGUGGCGUUAAAGGAGUUUGUCCACCGCUGUUCGAUUCUUACUAUUGCUAUCCUCGUUAUUUCUCUUAAAAUUGUUUUACCAGUGACCCAAGUUUCGGGUUAACUGCAUAAUACAGAGAAUUUCAGCAGUUUGCCUUUUUAGUGUGGAUCGAAUUGUAUGGAAUCGCUUGCUUCCAAGAGAGCGAAAUGAGGGAAGAGCCACAGCAGAAACGGUUGCAGUUGCAUCAACCAUCACAGUUUGUAACACAAGAAGAUGCAGUUGCACAUUUGAAGGCUACUGAAGAGGCACUCAGUGAUGAAAAAUCCAGGAUUGUUGAUAAUGCCUACUCAUAUCUAAAGACAGUCAAAGAAACUUUCAAGAACGAUCAAGAGAAGUAUAUUGGGUUUCUUCAAGUCAUGAAAGAUUUCAGGCUGUACGGAUUUAUUACAAAUGAGAUGAUGAACAGAUUAAAAGAUGUGUUUGAAGGCCAUAACUCUCUUCUUCUGGGAAUUAAUGUUUUCCUUCCAAGAGGCUAUGAAAUUACGGAUACUUCUAUAGAUCGUCCCCCGAGGAAUAUCUGUUUUGAUUUUGAUCAAGCUCUCAUUUAUAUUCAGAAGAUUAAGAGACGGUUUCAAAAUGAUGACAAAAACGUCUACAAAAGCUUUCAGCAAAUGCUGAAAAUGUCUCGGGAGGGUGAUAUAUCACUCGAUGACUUACAUCAACAGGUGAAACUCCUGUUUUGCGAUCAUAAAGAUCUUCUAGAGGAUUUCACUAAAUAUCUUCCAAAACCUAUGGAUUCUGCUCAUGUUACUCACCUUCAAGAUUCUGAACAGCCUUCAUCUGGACACAUCUCUGGAUUGAAGUCUGUCAGGUAUUCGUACAAAGAAAACAUGGCCAAGAGACAAAAAACUGCUGAUACAAACAGUAAUCACCAUCAGAUUUUCCAAAGUCUUUUAAGGGAAGGUGUUGAGAGAACAUCUGUUGGCAUAGAUAAUGGAAAUUUGAAGAAGGUUAAUAAAGAGAAACACCUCAACGAGGAUUCAAUGUGGAAGUUAAAAGACGGGGGUAAAAAAAGACCAGCACACAAUAGGGAGACAGAGUUGGAUGGUAUGUAUCACUGCCCUGAUACAGGGACAAUAAUUAGCACAUCUGGUGUUUUGAUGCCUGAGAAGAGACUGACGGAGCAAGUUUAUGGAUCUCCUGGAGAUAAUUCUCUGCAAGAUCCCCCCAUGGACUGUAGUAAAACUUUAAUGAAUAUAGGUCGACAGAAAAGAGACUUUUGCAAGAAAGUAAAAAGAAAUAUUGUCGAUAGAGAGUUGGAGGACAACAUGAGAAACACAGAGCAAGAUGAUAACAAAGAUAGACACAGAGAUCAUGAUCAAUCCUGCAGGUCAAGAGAUAAGUUAAAUAAUAAUGCAUCACCUAUCUCUAGCAAAGAUGAAGACACAAGUCCACAGGCAGGGGACUGUUGCAAGAGAGAAAAACGAAAGCUCAGUAAGACAGAAUCAGAGAAGGAAAACAAGAGAAACAAAGAACAACAUCAUGGAAAAAAUAGACAUGGAGAUAAUGAUCAAUCUUGUAGGUCAAUAGAUAAAUUAAAUAACAAUGCUUCACCUACGUCAAGCAAAGGCAAAGGCAUGGACAAGCCAAUUUCGGAGUUUUGUCCGUCUGACUUUGAGCUUUGUACACCUAGUUAUUGUUUGCUACCUGAGAAUUGCCUAAAACCUGUUGCCAGCUACAGUACUGACCUUGCAGCAGAGGUAUUGAAUGAUUGUUGCGUAACAAUGACAUCUGGUAGUGAGGAUAACUCAUUCAAACACACACGGAAGAAUCUCUAUGAGGAGAUUCUUUUUCGUUGUGAGGAUGAUAGAUAUGAAUUGGACAUGCUGAUGGAAUCCAUAUCAGCAACAAUUAUAAAUAUAAAAGAGUUGCUGGAAAAGAAGCGCAAUAGCACAAUUAAUGGAGACGAUCAUAUCCAAAUUGAAGAGCACUUGACAGUUUUAAAUCUGAGAUGCAUUGAACAGAUUUAUGGUGAUCAUGGACUUGAAUUACUAGAUCUGUUGCAUGGAAACCCAAGUCGUGCUUUACCAGUAAUACAGAAACGUCUUCAGCAAAAGAAAGAUGAACUGUCGAAUUGUAAGGCCGAGUUUAACAAAGUUUGGGCUGGUGUUUUUGCAAAAAACUACCAUAAAUCCCUUGAUCAUCGCAGCUUCUACUUUAAGCAGCGAGACAAAAAGAGCUUAAGCACAAAAGCUCUAUUGCAAGAUAUUAAAGAUAUUAGUGAGAGAAAAAGCAAGGAAAAUGGUAUACCUAUUGCUGUUGCAGUUGGGAAUAGUACAUCCCCAAUCCCUCAUCUGAAGUAUAAAUUUCCUGACCAUGCCCUUUAUGAGGACUUGCAUGAGCUCAUCAAACACUCUUUGGACGAAGUGUGCACAAACAAAGAAGAAUCUGAUAAAACAAUGAGGAUUUGGACCAUCUUUUUUGACUUUUUGUUUGGUCUCCGAUCCAAUGUUGCAGGUGGUAGAAAGGACUUGGCAGAAUUUAAUAAUUAUAAUUCAAAUCGGAUGGAUGCCUCUAAAGUAAAAUGCUUUGAACUUACUUCUGGGGGUCAUCUGAAAAAAAAUGUCAUGAAAUUAAAAAAUCGUGGACUUACUUUCAUGGGUAAUUUGAAAGAAUAUUCCACAACAGAAGCAGAAACCUCCAAUAUCCAUGAUGUGGAAGCUGAGCAACCUACAGUUCAGGACUAUCAAAUUCAUAUGGUUGACCAGAGUUUGCAAAAUGGUGGAGGACCAUUUGGAAGCUCUGAAAUGCAAUAUUCUCAAACCCUCAUCCCUAAUAUUGAUGACGUCGCCAAUACUGUCAAACCUGGCAGUUGCUUAAACAUAUUGAAUUCAGAAAGAAUCAAUUUGUCUUGUAUAGCAGGAACUAGCUUAAAAUUUUCAAGUUCCAUUAAAGGACUUGAUGAUUGUGGGGUUCUGUCAACAGAAAAGGACUUGGAAGUAGCAGAGGUGAGUGAUUGGAAGCCACUGGAACUGGAAAGGGAGAAUUGUGUAUCAGAUUAUAAGCCAGAUAUCUUGAACCCUAAGUGCAAUGGUGAUGAGCUUGGAUAUGGUGGUUUGAAAGUUAAAAAAGAGGAAGACAAAUUGUUUCUAAGUGUUGUGAUAGGGGAUCACAAAGAAGAGGAUGAUGUGGGUUGCCGAGAUGAUGAACAGAAAGCAGAAGGUGAAAGCAAGUUUGAAAAAAUUACUGAUCAACAUGCAGAAGAUUUAUUUGGAUCACCAGAUUGCUUUAUGGUCAUCACCACGUCUUUGACAGCUCCCAUUGAUUGUACUAUUCUGAGCAACAUAUCUGGGAAGAAUUCUGUUUUUUAUGGCAAUGAUUCUUUUUAUGUGCUUUGUAGGUUGUAUCAGACUUUGUAUGAACGAAUCCAUUUAGCAAAGAAGAAUUUGUUAUCUUUACAAAAAGAAAUGAAGAAUUUGAAUGACAUACCACCUUCCAAAGUGUAUUCAAAAUUCAUGGAUUCAUUAUACAGUUUUCUUGAUGGAUCAUCUGGCAAUGUGGAAUUUGAGAAUAAUUGUCAAGAAAUCAUUGGAACAAAAUCAUAUAUGUUGUAUACAUUGGACAACCUCAUCUUAAAACUUGUGAAGCAGCUUCGAAAUGUUGCAUCAGGUAAAAUGGAAAAGGACUUACUUGAGCUAGGAUUGUGUCAGAGAUUGAGAUCAACUUCAAAUAUUUCAGAUGAAGUUUAUUGUGUAAAUGCUUCCCGAGUACUCAAUAGUGAAAAAAUUUAUCGAUUUGAAUUUGCAUCUCACUUUUCAGAGUUGUCAAUUCAACUAAUGGAUAUUGAUGCUAAAGUAUUGGAACCUACCUUUUCAGACUAUUUGCACACUGAUUUGCUUUCCAUUGGCAUGAAGAGAAGAGGACAAGUUUUCCUUUCAAGAAAUACUUGCAAAUAUACUAGCCUUGGCGAACACUACUGUAUAUCUAAGAGGAUGAAGGGUGUUACAGUAAUGAAUGGGCUUGAUCAAGUAAUAUCAUGCCAGAGUAAGGCUUCAUAUGUUAGAGGUACAGAAGAUUUUAUGAUUUGGAAGAAACCAAAGAAGCAGAGAAUUUCUGCAGAGCCUUCUGAAAGUUCUAGUAUUAUAUCUUCUUUUCGUCAUGACAAGAGGGUGUUGCGGUUUCAUGAAUUGUGGAAGUCAAUGUUGAGCUGCUCUGACAAGGCUUCUCUUUCCCAGGGAAGCAAAACAAGUCAUGGAUAUUGCUUUUGUUAAUGCAAUUUCGGAUUCAAAGUUGAAUUGAAGAGGCCAUUCUUUCCAUGCCAUUUAAAAAAUUUGGAAAUGAUUGUUGAUGAUAUUUCAGAAUUUGGUGGUUUGAAUGAAAGGCACUUUUGAAGAACAGAGAAUAUAAUGACAAUGAAAUAAUGAAGUCAGACCAAUUCUAAUAUAAGGUAUCCGAAAGAAUACGAAUUAUCAAAUCAAAGUAUUUUAUCAUCAUCUCUAAGACAACACCUAAUCAUUUUUGAAGAUGAGGAAACUUAUAUGCUAUGGUAUAGCCAUUGGAAAAUGCUGAAACUAUAGUAAUUAUUCUUUACAAUAUGAUAAUAUAUAAAUGGAUGGACACAACAAGCAAGUUGUUGGGUUCAUUCUGCUUCAAUAUUUUAUGACAACGAUUGAGGUAGUAAUACUGUCAUGUCUAUCAAAGUUUUGAGCAAGAACUAUUUGUUCCUGCAUAGUUCACAACAUUAUACAAUUUUGGUACAAUGAAUUUUGUUACUGCUUAUAAGAGCAGGGCUGUGGCCAUUGGCUAUAGGAUUGUUAAUGAGUGAAUCAACUAUGCAGAAUGUGAUAAUCUGAGUCGAAUCUGUUUCUCCACGUAGCUUGCAGAAAGGGCAAAGGAGAAAUCCUGAUUAUUUUGACAGAAGAGACAGGGCCAUUUGGAAUUUGUAUUUAUAUAGGUAAUUGCAAAAUUUCUCUUCAUUGUAUAACUGUAUUUAUGUGUGGAUGUUUUUAUUCCAUGAUAUAUGCCUCGAAAUGACAAUGAUUGACUAGCACAUCAAAAUAUACUUUGCAAUGUAGCUUUGAGAUACAACUAGGUCACUUCUUGUAUCACUAAUUUUUCAGUUGUACAGGAUCAUGAUAGCAUAAGUUUUCAGAUUUGAUUCAAACAGAUAUUUAUUGUGGGGAGAAAUCAUUGAAU